CUUGUCGCACACCAUGGCGGCCCCUCCACAGCCGCCGGAGCUUCCGGCACCGCCCCGGAAGCGCCUCCGGCCGGGCCCCGCCGCCUUCCGCAGCCGGGCGGCGCCGCGCGCUCCGCGGUGCCGCUGCCCGGACGCCAUGAGGGAGGCGGAGGUGCGGAGGCUGCUGGCUGCCAACCUGCUCUGCGCCCUGGCCGUCGUCCUGGCCACGCUGGGGCCCGCUUUCCUUCUGGACGGAUUCAGCGUGCUGGGAACGCACCUCACGUGGCUGUGUGUCUGUUCUGUUUGUGUUGCUACCCUUAAUAUAGUCUUGCACUUAGUCCUUAAACCUAAUCAGUCUCCUAAGAGACGUUCCUUUGGUCACAAGAUAUCCAGAUUUCUAAAAUGCUGUAUAUACUUUUUCAUGUCUUGCAUACUGUUUCAUGCGAUUAUUGUUCUUUAUGGAGCACCUCUCAUAGAGUUAGUGACUGAGACAUUUUUGUUUGCAGUUCUUCUGUCUACAUUUACUACUUUACAAUGCUUGUGUUUGCUGGGACCAAACAUACAGGCAUGGAUACGGGUAUUUAGUAAAAAUGGAGCUAUGUCCAUAUGGGAAAGCAGUCUACAGAUUACUUCUGUGUGCAGUAUACUUGGAGCUUGGUUUGGAGCAUUUCCUAUUCCUCUUGACUGGGAUCGGCCUUGGCAGGUAUGGCCCAUCUCCUGUUCCCUCGGAGCUACCUUUGGCUAUAUGGCUGGUCUGAUUAUUGCACCUCUGUGGAUACACUGGAACCGGAAGCAGCUUACAUACAAAAGCAGAUAACUGGAGCAAAAAGAGACAAGAUACGGGCUUCUCUUUCAUAUCAUUCAGUCUUGCCAGAGUUUUUGGGUCAUCACGGAGAUCAAUCUAGCAAGAAAGAUUGAAGUCAUGCUGGAAUACUUUCUCUAAACAAAAGUCAGCAGGCAAUGAUACCCUCUUUUUAAAGGAGAAUCAUUCAAUGGAAUAUUAUCACUAUAAAAAUGGAGUCAUGGCAUGAUUCAGAUUGUGGACCCUUCCUGAUUCAAGAGCCCUUAAUUUAAGUUGUGAACCUUCAAUCUAGAAGGAAGAAACAUUUAUUCUGUAAUUCAGCACUUCAAUUAGAUGUGAUCAUCUUAGAACACCAAAUGCAGUGGCAGAAAGAUUAACCCACAGGUAACACCAACAUGUGGGUCACUUCAUAAAUGAAACCCAGUCCACUACCCAUGAGAAGCAAGAGGAAAUUGUCUCGUUUCUCCCCUUUUCCUUUGCUUCAGCAAAUAUUGCAUGUGACUAAUAGUUGUAAACCCGAGAAAUUCCAGUAACAUGGGCAUGAGCAGACAAUUUUAUUCAAUAAGUCCCGUGACUUUUUAGAAAGUCACAUGGGAGACAUGCAGCCCAUCUUGCCACCAUGUUUACAAUGGACAUAAGUUUUUUUAACAAAUGGGGAUAGCUCAUUGGAGAACAGCACGUAUCUGUGUUUUUCUGCCACCUGUAAGGGUUGUUCCUCCAAAGGCAGAAGGAGGUGCUGCUCAGGUCCUGUUGGGCCUCAACUUCCAGCCCAGAGAAAAGGCAUCAUACAAUGAUCCUAUUUGCUUAAAUAAAAGUAGAACAGAACCAAA